AUGAUUACCACUGACAUCUUCAACCUCAACGAUUGCUUCGAAACUGAUGACGGAUCUGCAGUGAUCGCAAUGAGCAACUACGGUAUGAACAGCCGAUCUGUCAUAAGCACCAAGGACAUGUUCAGUGGAGAAUCCGGCGGUUCAGUUCAGGCUGGUGUUGGUAUCUUCUUCCAACAAGAGAACGAUGGCAAUGUCUACGUCAAGACCAUUGUCAGCGGUGGCGCGGCGGAGCGCGAAGGCACUGUGCAAGUCGGCGAUGUUAUCGUAGCCGUCGAUGACCGCGAGGUCGUUGGCGAGCCCCUGGCAGUCCUGAGGAAUCUCAUCCUCGGACAACAAGGCACCACGGUCAAGCUGACCUUCCAGCGGAGAGAGGGAUCCCACGUGGAGACUUACGACUGCAAGCUCAUGAGAGGCACUGCCGAAUACUUCCAGUCGUUGACUGCUUCUCGGUCCAUGGAAGAUGAGAUCGAUCAGCUGAGGCUUCAGUUGAGGCAAGCCCUAGCGCACUGCUCUCAAGACAGAGAUGAGCUCGACCGCCUCCGCAAGAUUUUGCAGCAAGAGAGGGAAUCAAGCCAACGCCGCGAACGUGAAAUCGAGCAGAUGCAGCAGAAGAACAGUGACGAGAUCAUGAAGCUCAACGAAGGCUUGCGCAAGGCAGAGCAGUCCAGGAGAGAGGCCGAGAUCAAGUUGCAUCCCUUGCAACAGCGUGAGAACGACCUUGCAGAAGAGCUGAGCAGGCAGAAGGAGAAGGAGAGGCUCCGCAAGGAAUACAUCGAGGAACUGAAGAAGCGCCACGAAGAUGAAAAGAACCGCCUCGAGCAGCUCUACCUCAAGGAGCAGGCAGGGCGUCGUGACGACCAAGUUGCCCGUCUGAGCGCAGAGGGGAUGCUGUCGAAGGUGCAGGCGGAGCUUGUCAGGCUGAGGGACUUCGAGCAGAUGAGGAGAGAGCGGGAGGAGCAGUACCGACAGAGGUGGUACAGCGAGUACUUUGGCAGCCAGCCCUAUCAGGCGCCUGCGGAGGAGCCCGCGGUCGAGACCGAGGAUCAAUUCUUCCUGGCAUAG